GGACUGCACAAAUGCAUGGAUAUUCUUUUUCUUUUGAAAAGCACUCCGAGGUCCACCGGGAUAUCGCUUCUUUUCAACAAACAUUUUUUCGAUAGUUCAGUGGACUUUCAUGUGUUCAUUAUUUUUUUCUCCAAGUACAACGAGUAGUCGUAAACGUUGUUUAACGAGGGGAAUCCAGCCCACAUAUUUAUUGCAGCCGCUGAAAAAAAUCUCUUCAAUAUCCCCCAAGAUGGCCGCCGAUGUGGGAUCGAUGUUUCAAUAUUGGAAGAAAUUUGAUCUACGGCGGCUUCAGAGGGAGCUAAACUCAGUAGCGUCUGAGCUGGCGGGGCGACAGGAAGAGAGCGAACACUCCCACAGGCAGCUGGUGGAGCUGAGCCGGGAGUUCAAGAGGAAUGUCCCAGAGGAAGUGCGGGAGAUGGUGGCUCCUGUCCUCAAGAGUUUCCAGGCCCAGGUGGUUGCUCUGAACAAGCGCAGCAAGGAGGCAGAGUCUGCAUUCCUGGGAAUCUACAAGCAGCUUAUUGAAGCCCCGGACCCAGCUCCCCUGCUGGAAGCCACACAAAGCCUGGAGGAGAGGCUGCAUCAGCUGCAGAGUUUGGCCCCAGACAGUGAGGCCCUGGUCAGGGAGAUCAGCGGGCACUGGAGGAGACACCUGGAGUAUCUUGAGAAGCCAGACGACACAGAGGAAGAGGGCACGACAGCAGCGUCUGUGCCACGAGCAGGGGACGCAUCCACCCGGACGGCCUGUGUAAUGACCCCCAACAGCUUACAGGCCCUCAGGGCCAAGGGCUCACCUCAGCAGAACCAGCAGGGCCAGAGUCAGGGGGAGGCUGAGGACAAAGACUCCACUCUGGCAGACAGACUGAGUGAGGCAGAGGAGAGGAUCAAGGUUUUGCAUUCCUCUCUGAACACAGCCCAGACAGAGCUGCGGGACCUGCGGUGUAAAUACGACCAGGAAAAGGCCAACAAGGCCGAGGAGGUCAGCGUGAUCGCGGCGAACCUCGAGAAGGCGAACCAGAAAGCAGAGAUGGCCCAGAGGAAGGUUGAGCGGCUAAAGGAGCAACUAGCCAGCGUCCGGAGCACCACCCCAGGGAGCGGACAUCCACCAGAGGGCGCCAGUGGGGAGAGAGAUGAGAAGGUGGAUUUGAUUCCAUCCAAGCUGGAGGCUAAACUGAUAGCUAAAGACAGAGAGAUCCUCAGGCUGCUGGAGAAUGUACAGAGACUGCAGUUCGCACUUCAGGAAGUCCAGGAUACAUCAGCCAAUCAGAUCAUAGAGCUGGAACGCCAGCUGGCCUAUAAGACAGAAGUUAUUGAGAGAUUAGAAACUAAACUUCAAUCCCAAAUGGACUAUGAAGAGAUCAAAACAGAACUCAGUAUCCUGAAGGUGAUGAAGCUAGCCUCCAUGAAUGGUAGCUCAGCUCAGCAGGACUCAGCCAAGGCUGCAAAGGCUCUUUUGCUGGACAAAGAGUCCUUUCGUUCCUCUCACAAAUACCUGAUGGAUAAGGCCAGAGUCUUACACAGUGCUGACGAGGACCAGUCUGAGGAGUCGGGGAGGGAGUCGGGGAGGGAGGGGGGCAGGCCCUCAGGGUCCUUCUCCUCAGUCUCCCAGGUGGAUGGGCGGACCUCGGCCAGCCCCGGUCCCCCCAACGUCGACGGCUCCUCCUCCUGCCACGACCUCCCCCGGCCGUUCUCCGUGUCGCCCUGCUCGAGGGACAGGCUGUCUGCAGACCACGUCCUCCACCGGCAGUUCCUCUCCUCCACACUCUUCAAGAAGGAAUCCGGCAGCCCCCUCAUGCCCUUCCCCACCGCUCUGUACGCAGCCAAAGCUGCCCUGGUGUCAGCCAGUCAGGGGCCCGCGGGGGCCGGAGGCAUUGAGGCCGGCCUCCCGAGUGACCAGUCAGAGAGCGGGAGCUCCACCGCGGGCGACGACGACCAGUUGGAAACGGCCGAGAUCGCCUUCCAAGUCAAAGAGCAGCUGCUGAAGCACAACAUUGGCCAACGCGUGUUUGGUCACUACGUGCUGGGCCUAUCACAGGGCUCCGUCAGUGAGAUCCUGGCUCGGCCCAAGCCCUGGAGGAAGCUUACGGUGAAAGGCAAGGAGCCCUUUAUCAAGAUGAAACAGUUCCUGUCUGAUGAACAGAACAUCCUGGCUCUCCGGACCAUCCAGGUCCGUCAGAGAGGGAGCAUCACUCCUCGCAUCCGAACUCCUGAAACUGGGUCAGACGACGCCAUCAAGAACAUCCUGGAGCAGGCCAAGAAGGAGAUCCAGUCUCAGAGAGGAGGGGACAUCAAGUCAUCCCUGGGCAGCCCCUCGGGGGGAAGGAGCACGAACGGGGCUGGUGGCAGCUCUGACGACACCAUAAAGAACAUCCUGGAGCAGGCCAGGAGGGAGAUGCAGGCGCAGCAGCAGGCAUUGAUGGAGAUGGAGGUCUGCGGCCGGGCCUCGGCCACCAGCGCCGGCUCCCAGGGGGAGCACCUGGGGCUUCCCGAGCCCUCCAAGGGCCUGCCUUUACCUGGCUUCAUCAAACAGGAGGAGGGGGGCACGGUUACAGUGUGCAUGGCCAACCCCAUCAGUAGCCCCCAGACCCCACUCAGUGUCCUGUCCCCCGCAGCCUUCGUCCAGAACAUCAUCCGUAAGGUCAAGUCGGAGAUCGGCGAGGCUGGGACUUACUUCGACCAGCACUGGUCCGUGGAGCGGGGACCCGCUGGUGUGGCGGGAGGGGUCAGCGGCUCUCGGCCCUUCACCUCGGUGUCUCCCUCCCUGUCGUCGUCGUCGUCUUCGGGCCCCUCAGCUUUGCCCCGGCCCCGGCCGGACAACGGGGAGUGUCUGCCCAACAGCGAGGAGGCGUCCGCAGCCGAGGAUGACACCGGCUCGGGGAUAGGGCAGUCUGUGGAGGUGAAGGUAGAGUCCGAUGUGUCAGUGAGCCCUGGGCGUGGCCUGUCCUAUUACCCAUCAUACAUCCCCCGCACCCUGAAGCCCACCGUCCCGCCACUGACCCCGGAGCAGUAUGAGAUUUACAUGUACCGUGAGGUGGACACCAUCGAACUCACCCGACAGGUCAAAGAGAAGCUGGCCAAGAAUGGCAUCUGUCAGAGGAUCUUUGGUGAAAAGGUUCUGGGACUGUCUCAGGGUAGCGUGAGUGACAUGUUGUCUCGGCCCAAACCCUGGAGCAAGCUGACCCAGAAAGGCAGAGAACCCUUCAUCCGAAUGCAACUGUGGCUGCUGGACCAGCUGGGCCAAGGACUCACCCAGCUCCCCAGCCAGAGUCUCUCUCAAGAUAAAAGCCCAGUGACGGCCCAGUCAUCACCCUCCCUGCCCCCCAGCCCAGAGGAGAGCCACCCCAGCCCACUGGUGGAGCCAGUCAGUCUGACCCUGGAGAGCAGCAAGGAGAACCAGCAGCCUGAGGCCCUGGGCUUGGUGACCUCCCACCCAGAGGGAGGGAAGUCCAACCCCAGCAUGAUGUCCCUAUACCAGCCUCACACCCCUCUGGGCAUCCAGGAGCUGGUGGCCAUGUCCCCAGAGCUGGACACAUACGCCAUCACCAAGAAGGUUAAGGAGGUGCUAACGGACAACAACCUCGGCCAGCGGCUGUUUGGGGAGAGCAUCCUGGGCCUCACCCAGGGCUCAGUGUCAGACCUGCUCUCCAGGCCCAAGCCCUGGCAUAAGCUCAGCCUCAAAGGCAGGGAGCCUUUUGUCCGCAUGCAGCUGUGGCUCAACGAUGCACACAAUGUGGACAAGCUGAGAGACAUGAAGAAGAUGGAGAAGAAAGCCUAUCUAAAGCGGCGGUACGGGCUGCUGAGUACCGGCUCUGAUAGUGACUCUCCCAGUGCCCGCUCUGAGUGUGUGAGCCCGGCCCUAGCCUCCAUAGACCUGUGCCCCUACAGCCAGGUGAAGAAGGCCAGGGUGGUGCUGGGCGCUGAGGAGAAGGAGUCCCUGAGAAAGGCAUACCUCCUGGAGCCAUACCCGUCCCAGCACACCAUCGAGAUGCUGGCCUCCCAACUCAACCUCAAAACCAAUACCGUGAUCAAUUGGUUCCACAACUACAGCAGGUCCAGGAUGCGACGGGAGGUCCUGAUGGAGGGUCUCCAGGACAACGACACGGACGCAGAACACAACAGCUACUCUCCGUCUGCCACACAGAGCCCCACCUCAGAUGGGGAUGAGAAGAGGCCGCUGCACCCCUCUGGACGCACCCACCACCUCAUGCGCCCCCUCGGCACUAACUCACUACCGCCCCAUGUCAAACAGGAGGCCGGUGACCUGGAGGACGAGGGAGAGCAGGAGGAGAGGGCCGGCUACAUCGGACUGUCUAAGAUCCCAUGUUUCUCCAUGGGCAUCCAGUUCCCUCAGUUGAAAACUGAACAUGAGGACCUGGUGGGUGGCUGCCGAGAGCUCCGUCUGGCUCCACAUUAUCCACCGAGCAUAAGGCAGGAAGAGGGCAUGAGCAGCCAGGCUCAGGGGCUCUUCUACGGAGCGUCGUCUCUAGAUGGGUCCCAGAGGGCCAGCCAGUCCAAGCACGAGGGCGACGACUCAAGCAAGUCCCCUGUGGACCCGGUCAGUUUCAAGGCCUCGUCGGAGACAUGUCGCAGCAGCCUGGAAGUGUCCCUCAACUCCCCGUCCGCUGCCUCCUCGCCCGGCCUCAUGAUGUCUGUCUCCCCUGUCCCAUCUUCCUCCGCACCCAUCUCCCCAUCCCUGCCCAACCCGCCCUCCAAAAGCACCAACCACAGCCUGGACCCUAACCCACUGCCUCCCAACCAGAGCCCCAAGCCCAACAGGAGCAGUCAGAGACGCACAGAGAAAAUGGCCAACCUAAACAACAUCAUCCACAGGCUGGAGAGGGCGGCAAACCGGGAGGAGACACUGGAGUGGGAGUUUUAAGCCACUCCCUUCACAUUUCCUCAGUCUUACAGACUCAUGGGAGACUCUCAAAGAGAAGCUUACUGAACACGUGGAGUAGAGCCUGGCUCUUGGAUGCCAGUCCCCCCUUGUCUGAUCACACUGAAUCAAUACCCCUCAUUGGGAAUCAGAGCUAAACUCUUACAGACAAAUUCCCUUAGAGGACUUUUAGAAAAUAAAUAAUAUUUAUAAAUGUGUUUUACGUUUUUUGAUAAUGGAUACUACUUUGAAAUAUAUGUAACAGCACUAGCUGUUGUUUUACGUAAAGGAUUCUGAUGUGAAGACUUUUGCAGCUAUUGUGUCAUGAAAUGUACACUGAAGUUCUGUAGAUUGCCACUGGGUGAGAUUAAAAAAGACUCCUGUCUUAAGCCAUCAAAAGCACUAUAAUUAUUUAAAAAGAGACACUGACCAAAUUUGCUACUUUUUGAAUAGCAAUUUUUCAGAUUUUGUCUGUAAGACGGGACAGUCAAGUAACAUGAAGUCCUUUAACUGACUGAGGGAUAGUCCUUUAAGACUCUAAAUAUUCAACAUCUCGUAUGUACUUAGUUUCUUGGUGAUAUGUUUUGAAGCAUUUGUAACACAAACGUAUGAAGUGUGGUUGUACAUGUUGUAGAAUUGUCUGCAAUAGCCUUCUCUGAACCAGAUGUAGCAUGGUACUCGACUCACCCUGUUAUCCUCUAUAGUUAGUCACCUGUGAUAUACUUGAGCAAAAAUACGUGAAAAAAAUUGAAAAAACUGAAGAGAAAAAAGUUUGAAAAAAAGGACAUGUAAAAUUUAACAAGUAGAAUAUUUUUAGUGUUUUUUUUUUCCUUUAAUAAUGAUACUCCUUGAGGUUUACAGUUUAGGGCCCUUGUGCACUUGGCAGUAAGUGAAACUCACUACACAUGAGCACAGUUUACAUGAUUUAUUUCAGAUUUACCUCUAUGAUCCUCUAAGGCACUGGUUCUCAGACUGUAAUGGGCAAAGGCACACCCGGUUACCUCAGAUUAUGUUGAUGCACACCAUGAUAGCACUGUCAUUCCCAUUCACGCCCUCAUGACCUACCGACCUUUAAUAUGUGUAUUAAGGUAUUUAAAUAAUGUAUCAGAAAGGCACUGACAACCCCUGCUCUUGGAUUACAAAGGACAAAAUACUUCAUCCUGCUGCCUUUCCUCUAUACAUCAUUCUUCAGUCCUCUCGGUGAUGCAGUCCUGGUUCCUCCUGCAUUUAUGUCCUUCAUGCUUUUCCACAGAGAUCACAUUACUCUCUCUGAGUUCAGAUAUCUGCACUCCUAAGUGCAAGGGAAAUCCACUGUUAGAGAAAUCUGUGGCAGAGAAUGUAAUGUUUAAUGUAACUCUGGUUAGGGCUUAUUGUAUGCAACACCCACCCUUUAGCUCAGUGGGCUAACAGAGUUUUGAGUAAUUCAAGCAACUGGUCAUUCAAACUGUGGUUUGAUUAUUUGGUGGUAACAUACUGUAGAACAAAUCAAUGCUCAAUUAUUCCUUUGUUUGGGUCAUCUGAAUGGACGAUGAAUCGCAAGUAACAAGCAAAUUAUUUCUGACUGAAAGAACAUGGUAAAAACAUGAAAAACGUUGUGCUACAUUGAAUUCAGUUAGCACAUCCUAUAACACUGAGUUCAUUCUCUUGUAGUUUGUGUCUACAUAGGCAGCCUAAUUCAGAACUGUAUUCUUUCCCAAUAAUUGCUUUUUGAUCAAUGAGAUCCGUUCUGGAAAUGAUCUGAUGUGAAUUUAUUGGACAAAACACCAAUUAGCUGAAAAAAGAUUAGAUCUGUGAUACUUUUGUAACUGCAGCCAUGUUAUCUUUGCCAUUGGCCACUACUGUAUUGUCUAGAAUACAUGAGUUUUGUUAUGCUUGCAUUCCUUUAUCUUCUGUAUUUUGCUUCUGUUUUGUACUCAACCAUUUCAAUAUACCUUCAAUUCUUUGCAUACUUACAGCACUUAGAUUUUAAUAAAUGUGAGGAUUCAAGAAAAGUUCAAAUAUCUAAAUGA